UUAAAUAGGACGGAAAAUAUAAGUAUUUUUUUUUUUUUUACUAUUAUUUUAGUCUGAUAAUUUCCGAAAAAUAUCUGCAACACUUGAUUCUGGCGAGCGACUUAUCAACGGCUGCGAUGAACACCGCUCUUCUCUCCCCGCCGCCUCUUCGCUUUACUUUUACCGGUAGUUCAGUUUCGUCGCCGGCGCACGGUUGCCGUGCCGUCUCUUCCGCCGGCGGUCUACCAACUGCAACACUGAAUGUACAAUCGAACGCAACCACCGAGAGGAAAUCCAAGAGGAAAGAAGAUGAUUACCACUCAACUCUUGAAGCUCUCAAUUCCAAAGGCCGUUUUCCGAGAAAAUCACUCGGUCAACAUUAUAUGUUGAAUGCUUCGGUGAAUGAGGAGCUCGUCGCUGCAGCGAAGGUAAAGGAAGGAGAUGUCGUGUUGGAAAUCGGGCCAGGGACUGGUUCUUUAACUAAUGCUCUAGUGAAUGCUGGCGCGACUGUUCUGGCCAUUGAAAAGGAUCCGUAUAUGGCAACCCUGGUGAAGGAACGUUUUGAUGGAGUAGACCGAGUAAAGGUUCUUGAAGAGGAUAUAACAAAAUCUCAUAUACAGUCUCAUAUGUCAGCAAUGCUGCAAAGUAAGGGCCUUGUUGAUGGAAACUUGUCAGUUUCUAAGGUGGUUGCCAAUAUUCCUUUCAACAUAAGUACUGAUAUAGUGAAGCGGCUACUUCCCAUGGGCGAUAUUUUCUCAGAUGUGAUUCUUUUACUCCAGGACGAAGCUGCCUGGCGCUUGGUGGAUCCUGCCUUAAAGUCAUCAGAAUAUAGGCCAAUUAAUAUUUUUGUGAACUUCUAUUCAGAUCCAGAGUACAUAAGUAAAGUUCCAAGGACAAAUUUCUUCCCACAACCGAAAGUCGACGCAGCUGUUGUUGCAUUCAAGCUAAAGCAAACAGCGGAUUAUCCGCAAGUUUCCUCCAUCAAAAGCUUCUUCUCAAUGGUUAACUCUGCAUUCAACGGAAAGCGCAAAAUGUUGAGAAAAUCGCUCCACCACAUGUGCCCUUCACAUGAGAUUGAAGCAGCCCUUUGCGCCACUGGUCUCCCCCCAACGGCAAGACCAGAAGAACUCACAUUGCAAGAUUUUGUCAAAUUGCACAGUCUAAUAGUCCAGAAUUAGCUGCAGUUGCAAAAAGACCGAGGAAUGAAUACAAAUCGGUUAUCAGUCGGUUUUCUGAACCGUUUUUCUAUAGUGAGGUGAAGAAAUUGAAGACACGCAUCUUGUAUGAACAUAUUAAAGCCAUCAAAAUGACUCCGUUCGGCCAUUUUAUGGACUCCCCGAAGAUGAGGCUGUUGUGGAACCGCCUUCGUGCAUUGGUUAAUAACUUUAGCCCGGUGUCCACGUCAUUCAACAUCGGAGCCAAUAUUGAGCUCCCCUUUGAAGCGGAGGAAUAUUUUAUAGUCUUGGGACUACAUUUGAAGAGAGUUUAUGUCACGGACAACGCAUUAACUGACAGUGAAUGUUUUAUUCGGAUAUUUGGGGGCAAGCCACAUUCUCUGGCCCAUGCCAAGGUGUUGCAGAAGCUAUAGAAAACUCUAGCGCAGGGGCUGAAGCCCUUAUCCGUUGCUGAUGUGACGCGUCUCGUUAUUUUGCUUGUUUUUUUUUCAAAUAUUUUGUAUUGUAUCACAAAUUAUUUUGUACCUCUAUUUUUGUUACCGUAUGUGGAUGACCUUACUACGAUUGGUGACUAUGCAUGGGGACCUGCAAGUCACCGGUAUCUACUGAUGUCUAUAAGCGAUUUCAAGUCGUGAAAAAAAAAUCUGAUAGACUGCCCAGUUGGUUUAUAGGUAAGCAAUCUAAAAGGUCUGCCCUCCGAAUCGUAGACUCCGAUUAUCAGCACAGGGUAAGUGAACAUAUAUAAUGAAUUUG